UUGCAGAUGGAGGGAAGGAUCGUUUUCAAACCAACCGGGAAGUUUGAAAAGAUAGAAAAUCUGAUCCAAAGUAGAAAUGUGAUAGCAUCGCCGGUGAGGAAGGGGCUGAAAAAAGCCGUACCUGAUGGCUCCAAAGAAGAGCAGGAUGAAAUCCAACGAAUGAGAAAUGAAUUACGGGCACUUCUGUUUCGCCCACGAGUUGAAAGAAUAUGCGCUCGGUCGAUCGGCGAAUGGGAUAGUGAGCGAAAGGCGGUAAGGCUUAUUCGGAAGGAAGGAAAAUUCCAGGGAUUCGGAUACACAGUGGAUAAGGUUGAAUAUUUAACAAACUACGAAGCCUUGUUCCUACUGGAAUUGAACCGCCUUGAGAUAUAUUUCAAUUCCGUGCUUGUGUCUGUGGAGCAGGCUUAUCACCUGCUUCUGGGCCAGGAGAAAUCUCGCGAAUAUGAUAAGUACUUAAUCUAUUCCACCUUAUCGCGGACUGGAUAUAUAGUCCAGAAAUUCACGAACCAACCUAACAGACCUGCAGCGACUGUGGCUCAAACCUGUGAUGAAGUUGACUGCAUUUGGGAAAUUCUUCAGUCGAGGUUGGACAAAAACUAUGAAAUUCCAACAUAUGUGCGGAAUUUCGAGCGGUUUGAAGCAAUUAGCACUUCAAUGGCCUCCAUAAUAGAAAGAACAAAGUCUGCCUCUACCGCAGAUAGCACAUGUGACUCGUCCGAACCUCCUAUUCUUCCCCCGGGGAAACGAAAAGGAAAUUCAAAUGGGGAGCAUCAUUGCAAUGCGAAAAGAUGGAAAUAUGACUACACAGUUAGAAGGGAACAACUUGGAAGUUUCCUAGAUUGCCUGAAGGAUGAGCGGGAGUACCUUCGAUUUCGAGAGAUGUUCGAGAAGCUUGAAGUUGUGGAAUUGAAGGGUUUUGAUGACUUCGAUGAUGAAAAUUCUCGAGACUUCACGAUUGACUUCGAUUUGCAUUUACCAAGUGGAAGUUUCAGGAAAUCGGGGAAUGACCCGCCGAGCUGUCGAGUGAUCGUUUUGGGGCCUGAGGACAAAUUUCCUAAUCGGUCGGAGCUGGUGAAAGCAUUCAAAAGUCAAGUAGUAACCGUUCCUUUACUAAUUACUUAUGUGAGCUUAUCGAAACAUAUUCAGGCUUUUCUGUACUAUUUUACCUAGUGGAAAGACUGGUUGCAUUUAA